UAUAAUUUCGAUGCCAGACAGUUAUGGAGAUUGUAGACAGACUAGCAGUUUUCCCGACAUCCAGCUCGCAUACAAGUGUGAAAUGCCGUUUGACCUGCGCCCGUAGGGGUCGCGAUUUGCUUUCAAAACGAAUCGAUGGUCUCUUAAUUCGAUUUCGCGAAAUUAUGUUGCAAUUACUCAAGAAUAAAUCGCAGCUUGGCCAAGUUAUGAGAGACGCGGCUUUCUCGUUGGUCGAAGUUAAUUACGCGACAGGUGGAGUAAACGAGCUGGUCCUACAGGCGGUCGACAAGGCCAAAACCAAGAUUCGAACCAGACAGGAGAUGAUCGGUGGGAUUCGACUAUGGAUUUACGAGACCUUCCGCAGUGGCGCCGAUCCCUUCAAAUUUACGGGAUUAGCCAGAGGCGGUCAACAAGUGGCUAGAUUGAAGAUUAAUUAUGGAAAGGCGAUAGAUCUGCUGGUCGAAUUGGCGUCAUUGCAGCGCAAGUAUCAGAUCCUCGAUCGAGUAAUCAAGACAACGAGACGUCGUGUAAACGCUCUUCGCUACAUUAUUAUACCUCGGUUAGAACGGACCCUCGCGUACAUCGUCACCGAACUUGAUGAGUACGAGCGAGAAGAAUUUUAUCGUCUUAAGAAGAUACGAGAGCGGAAAACGAAGCGAUUACGUGAUCGACAGUCCUCUUACCAUUUCAUUCGGAGCACCAAUGUCCUACUAGACGAUACGGACGAGGAUCUUCUCUUUUAAUACGUAGGGUGUGUGUAUUAUAACAGAAUUGUAAUGAUUCACGAUUCGAGAGCACGCUUGAAGAAAAUACAGCGGAAGGUAGUCACCCUGCGAUAAAUGCCGAACCUCUGAACGAAGGAGGAAGCGCGAGAGAAGGCGAGAAUAUGAAAAAAGGGCACCAGAGCUGCGUAGGUCCAAUUAUACCAAGAAAAUACAGCCCGUAAAGCCAGUCUUAAAUUAACUAUGCUGCCAAACAUCGGGAUAUGAGAACGUGACUGCUGUUCUUUUCUCUCUCCUAAUAAUCUACUCUUGACAGAUCUCUCUCGUAGGUGUAGCAACUACGUUGAAAUAACGAAAAACCUCCUUUCGCACGAAAAUUUCAACU